UUGUUGCUGCUCUGCUUUGAGGUGCUUCUUUCGCAUUGACCUCCAUAGGAAAGGAGACUAGAGUUUGGGAUACUUCGUGUGUGCUGCGUAAUCCGGUGCGGCUUAUAGUGUGCGAAGGCUCAAGUUUCUGCCGUUGGUUAUCGACAUUCAUAGAUGCUGUCGGCAACGAUGCUUACAACACUGAACGAGGCGAAGCGGCGAUGUACAGAAGGCAAGGCUGCUGACAGUCUUUCAAACACAUUCCAAAGUAUCCCGGAUUCAGCGACUCCAGGAGGCAACGUAUCUGAGCCGUUCUGCCCACAAAUAUGGGAUGGCAUCCUCUGCUGGGAUUCUAUUGAAGCUAACAGUACAGUGGAGCUUCCCUGCCCAGCAUAUCCCUAUGGCUUCGAUACUUCACGAACGGCGAGCAAAUUUUGCACUGAAAACGGGUCAUGGUAUUUGAACCCCGAGCUCGGGCAAGUGUGGACCAAUUACUCCCAGUGCAUCUCGGGAGGACUGCAAGAUAUUUACGCCUUAAACAUUACCUUCUUCGAGCCUCACCUGAGGAGUAUUAAAUUCAUGUCUAAGGUGGGAUACACAGUGUCCUUCAUCAGCCUGGUCGUCGCCUUCACCAUACUGGCAUCCAUCAAAAAACUCCGAUGCCCUCGCAACAGCCUACACAUGCACCUGUUCCUCUCGUUCAUGUUGCGCGCCUUGGCUGUCCUGGUCAAGGACGCCAUCUUUGUGGACGGCGUAGGGCUCAGCACCAAUCUCGACUUCAGUCAGAAUAACGUUGACUGCAAGGCGUUCACGAGCAUCUGGCAUUACUUACUGAUGGCCAAUUACUGCUGGAUUCUUAUGGAGGGGCUCUACCUUCACAACCUCGUGUUCCUCACAUUCUUCACGGACAGUUCUGGGAUAAUGAAGUACGUCAUCCUUGGAUGGGGUCUCCCUGUCGUGUUCGUGAUACCGUGGAUAAUCGUCCGAGCUACCCUGGAAGAUACACUUUGCUGGACAACCAAUGAAAACUCCGCUUACUUCUGGAUAAUCCGAGGCCCAAUCACAGUUUCCAUUCUGGCGAACUUCGUCAUGUUCGUCAACAUCACCAGAGUGCUCUUAGUGAAACUGUUCACGCCACAGAUCUGCGAGGCCCGACGAUAUCGUUACAGAAAAUGGUUCAAGUCAACGUUGGUCCUCGUGCCCCUCUUCGGAGCCCACUACGCCUUCCUCUUGGGAAUGUCACUGGCUGCAGCAGGGAACCUCUUAGAACUCGUCUGGCUCUACAUAGACCAGCUCUUCUCGUCCUUCCAG